AUGGCGACGAAAAGAAAGGCUGCGGCCAUGACUUCGGUCGGAGAAGAGGACCCUGUUGACCCUUCAGAUGAGCUCGUGUUUAUUGGGCUGGGCGGAUGUCAAGAGGUCGGGCGAUCAUGUCAUAUUCUACAAUACAAGGGCAAGACUGUUAUGCUUGAUGCCGGUAUGCAUACAGGCCGCGAAGGCAUGUCAGCCAUGCCCUAUUUCGACGAUUUCGAUCUCAGUACUGUGGACAUACUUUUAAUCAGCCAUUUCCAUCUUGACCACGCGGCAGCAUUGCCUUAUGUUCUAGCGAAGACCGACUUCAAAGGACGAGUCUUCAUGACGCACCCUACCAAAGCAAUAUACAAAUGGCUCAUUCAAGACUCUGUCAGAGUGAGUAACACAUCAUCUACUUCUGACCAGAGGACGUCGCUCUACACUGAAGCCGACCACAUCUCGACCCUACCACAAAUCGAAACAAUCGAUUUCUACACUACGCACACCGUCUCAGGGGUCAGAAUCACCCCGUACCCAGCUGGCCAUGUCCUCGGAGCCGCCAUGUUUCUAAUCAAUAUUGCCGGACUCAACAUAUUUUUCACCGCCGACUAUUCACGGGAACAAGAUCGGCAUCUAGUUGCCGCUGAAGUCCCUAACAAGGCAACCGUGGGCAAAAUUGAUUUGCUCAUCACGGAAUCGACAUUCGGGAUCUCGAAUGCGCCACCUCGAGCAGAAAGAGAAACUGCGCUCCUCAAAUCGAUUACGAACACCCUGAAUCGUGGCGGCAAGGUGCUCAUGCCGGUUUUUGCCCUGGGCCGAGCGCAGGAACUUCUUCUUAUUCUCGAAGACUACUGGUCCAAGCAUGCGGAACUUCAAAAGUAUCCCAUAUACUACACAGGCAAUACGGCACGGAAGUGUAUGGUGGUAUAUCAGACAUACAUCAAUGCCAUGAAUGACAACAUAAAGCGCAUUUUCCGUGAGCGUAUGGCCGAGGCGGAGGCCGCUGGGAAUGCCAAAGGUGUCAGCGCAGGUCCCUGGGAUUUUCGCUUUGUUCGAAGCCUGCGGAAUCUUGAUAGAUUCGAUGAUGUGGGUGGGUGCGUGAUGUUGGCUUCGCCGGGUAUGCUGCAAUCCGGCAUGUCUCGUGUCCUGCUCGAACGAUGGGCACCAGAUCAACGGAAUGGGGUGGUCAUGACAGGCUACAAUGUUGAAGGAACCAUGGCUCGAACCAUUCUGUCAGAACCCGAAAUGAUCCCUGCGAUAAUGAGUGGCGGCAAUACUGGUGUAGGUCAAGCAAUGGGCCGAAAGACCAGAGACGACGAAGGAGCGGUAAUGAUCCCGCGACGAUGUACUGUUGAGGAGUUUCAGUUCGCGGCCCACGUCACCGGAGUCGAAAAUGUGGACUUCAUCGAGCAGGUUGCGGCGCCUCAUGUCAUUCUUGUCCACGGGGAACGAUCACAAGCCGCACGGCUAAGAUCAAGACUUUUGGAUUUGAACUCUCGACGGCUGGCAAGCAACCCAGGCGCCCAUCAGACCAAAGUAUACAGUCCAGAAAAUGGCGCCGAAAUCAAGAUCCCCUUCCGAAAAGACAAAGUGGCCAAAGUGGUGGGAAAGCUUGCUCAAAUACCUCCACCCACAUCCACCGACCCGGAUGAUACCAGGGUGGUCAGUGGAGUACUGGUACAGAAUGGCUUCAAGCUCAGCCUCAUGGCCCCUGAAGAUCUACGAGAGUAUGCCGGGCUGACUACCACUACGAUUUUGUGUCGACAGCAUAUCACUCUUGCCGCUGCCGGGAUCGAGCUGAUUCGCUGGGCUCUUGAAGGCACCUUUGGCAGUAUCGACGAAGUAGGGUCUAUCAAACCGGAUGUGAAAGAUCAUGGCUCAGACCAGGGCAAGACGACAGGCGAGCUGACGAAUGGACAAAACGGCGUCAAAUAUGAGGAGGCCGACGAAGAGAUCGUGACUGAGCCUCCGCGCACUUUCCUCAUCAUGGGCUGCAUCACUCUCAAGUGGUCGGGUCGAGACAAGGAGAUCGAACUGGAAUGGGAAGGCAACACCAUGAAUGAUGGAAUUGCAGAUGCCGUGAUGGCAGUGCUGAUGACGGUCGAAAGCAGCCCUGCGGCUGUCAAAUACUCGUCGAGCAAGUCGUCUCACUCACAUGACGUUCAUCCUGAAAAGAAGACGCUCCCACACAACGAGCACACCGGCCUGACGCCCCAAGAACGCUUCUUGAGGCUUUGCAUGUUUCUUGAAGAGCAGUUCGGUGAUGCCAUCACACCCAUAGAGAAGCCCAGGUUGCAGUUUCAAGCCGACAUCAAAGUGAUGACGGAAAAUGGGGAACGCAAAAAGGAGGAGGAUCGGUCGGAGGACGAAGACGACGACGACGACAUGGAAAGUGCCGAGGCGGCCGAGUGUGCGCGAUUGGCCGCCUUGGGCAUUCCAGUUCCCGGCUUGGAAAUUCGAUUCGACAAGCAUGUUGCGAAGCUGUGGCUGGAGAACCUGGAUGUUGAAUGUUCGAACACUGUUUUAAGAGAUCGGGUUAAGGCCGUGGUGGAGAGAGCCGUGGAAACCAUUGCCCCAUUAUGGACCGUUCGCGGACAGUCAAAGAACUAA